UUAAAAAUGUUAAUUUAUGCUAUUUUUAUUUUUCUUUACAGAAAAAUGGAUGACAAAGUCAUACAACCCAAACAAACUGUCCUGCAUUCCUGGCAGGAUUUUGGAUAUCUUCCUACUUUCCUUGUGCGUCAUGUCGGUUUUUCCCUUAUUCUGUGUUCCGAUCUAUCUCAACAAUAUGAAUCUUCCAAUUUUACUCCCUUCGAUCCUCCCUCAAGCAGAGGAACACGAACUUUGGGACUUUGCCCUAAAACAAAAUUAUUUAGUAAAUUUUGUCUUCGGCUCGGUCAUAAUUGUUGGAUCGCUGUGGGUUGGACAGCUUUUCUUGGCCCUUAGCAUAUUUUGUUUUCUGUAUACACUUUCGGUGCUAUCUUUGAUCAAUGACGAGUUUCGGGUCCCACUUAUUGCAACUUCGAAACCCUCAAGUAACACAAUCAGCUUACUUCGGACUGUUCGACACCUCCCGAAGGAGUACAACUGCGUCCAACUGCUGCAUAAAGAUGCAAAUGGAAUUAUCAGAUAUAUGAUUCCCAUUUUACAGAGCGAAUUUCUCCAAUUUAUUCUAUCAUGUAAUGUAAUUCUGAUAAGAAAUUGGACUUCGAUGGACAUCUAUGCCAAGGCGCAACUGUUGACUUGGUCCUUCACAUUCCAGUUCGGGUGGACCAUGGGGCUCGAAGUUGUGGGGCGGUAUGCUAAAAUGUCAAAAACUACGCUAAUGUCGUGGAAGAAUUUGCACUCUGUUUCAAAGCAUGAGAAAAAAUGUUUCACGAAAUACGCAAAAACUUGUCAACCACUAGCGUUUGGGGCUGGCGGAGUCUUUACGGUAAAUAGACGGACGGUACUCAAGUUUAUAAGGUCCACGGUUAAAGGGACGUUUAAAGCUUUGCUCGCGAUUGGUCGGAGAUGAAUCUUCUCAAGGAUAUUAUCACAAUCCAAUGGGUUUUAUUGAGAAGAGAUAAGUCAGGUUGGGUGGUUUUUCGAAAUAUAAUUACUGGUUUAUCAAAUUACAUGUGAGCAUAAAAUUUUAAUCCGUUGUAGGUUUCGGAAAGAAGAUAGGACAUAAAUACAUAAGUUGAUAAACCUGUUUAGCAAAUUAUUUUUGAAUACACACACAAACAUAAAUUUACAAACUUCUUGUUUGUAAUUACCUAUGUACAGACUAGAUUGUAAAUAGAUCUGAUGUUUUAUAAUAAUAAAAAACAUAUUUUGGGGUAUAUAUACUAA